UUGUCUUCAGAGUGUCUUUCCUGAUCCUAGGUUUCUGGAUCAGGGAUUCCCAUAACCAGCCUGGGGAGCAGGGGCAGCCAUGGUACUGCUGACUGGAGAUGUCUUGUGGUCUGUGGUCCUAUUCACAGCCAUCUUCCUAUUCCUGGUGGACCUGAUGCAUCGACGCAAGUUCUGGACUUCCCGCUACCCUCCGGGUCCUGUGCCCCUCCCUGGGCUGGGCAACCUUCUGCAGGUGGACUUCGAGAACAUGCCCUACAGUGUGUACAAGCUUCGUCAACGCUAUGGUGACGUGUUCAGCCUGCAGAUGGGCUGGAAGCCUGUGGUCGUGAUCAAUGGACUGAAGGCGGUGCGGGAAGUGCUGGUGACCUGUGGAGAGGACACUGCUGACCGCCCUCCAGUGCCCAUCUAUGAUCACCUGGGCUAUGGGCCCAAAGCAAAAGGUGUGGCAUUAGCACCAUAUGGACCCGAAUGGCGAGAACAGCGGCGAUUCUCUGUGUCCACCAUGCGAGACUUUGGCCUGGGCAAGAAAUCCCUGGAGCAGUGGGUGACGGAGGAGGCUGGACACCUCUGUGACGCCUUCACCAAGGAGGCAGGCCAAGCAUUUAAUCCCACCACCCUCCUGAACAAAGGUACAUGCAAUGUGAUUUCAUCCCUCAUUUAUGCCCAGCGCUUUGAGUAUGAAGACCCUUUCUUCAAUGGGCUGAUCAAAACGUUACAGGAAAGUGUGGGAGAGGACAGCGGCUUCACUGCUGAGCUGCUGAACACAUUCCCUGUGCUCCUUCGCGUCCCUGGGCUGCCUGGCAAAGCCUUCCCCAAGCUGACAGAGUUCAUGAACUCACAGGAUAAGUUGUUGAUUGAGCACAAGGGAACCUGGGACCCUGCCCAGCCACCCCGAGACCUGACAGAUGCCUUCCUGGCUGAGAUGGAGAAGAAAGGGACUGAAUCUUAUGGUCCAGAUCAGCUGUUCCCUCUUCCAUAGUAAUGAAUUUCU